AUGGCAUUGUCGCUGGAAGAAUUCAUCCACUCCCUUGACCUCAGGACCCUCCCCAGGGUCCUAGAAAUCCAGUCAGGCUUCUAUUUUGAAGGUUCUAUUUAUGAAAUGUUUGGAAGUGAAUGCUGUUUGUCAACAGGAGAAGUGAUUAAAAUUACUGGCCUCAAAAUUAAGAAGAUCAUAGCCGAAAUUUGUGAGCACAUUGAAGGUUGUGAGUCUCCACAACCAUUUGAACUGCCUAUGAAUUUUCCAGGUCUUUUUAAGAUUGUGGCUGAUAAAACUCCAUACCUCACUAUGGAAGAAAUUACAAGAACCAUCCAUAUUGGACCAAGUAGACUGGGGCAUCCUUGCUUCUAUCAUCAGAAGGAUAUAAAACUAGAGAAUCUCAUCAUAAAGCAAGGUGAGCAAAUCAUGCUCAACUCAGUCGAAGAGAUCAAUGGAGAAAUAAUGGUGAACUGUGGUGUGCUAAGGAAUCAUCAAAAUCACUCAUUUACUUUGCCUUUGUCACAAGAAGGAGAGUUCUAUGAGUGUGAUGAUGAACAUAUUUAUACCCUAAAGGAAAUUGUCCAAUGGAAGAUCCCCAAGAACAGAACACGAACUGUGAAACUUACAGACUUUUCAAAUAAGUGGGACUUAACAAAUCCAUUCCCUAAAGGCUUUUAUGGUGCUGUGAUUCUCAAGCCUGUUUAUGAAAUUCAAGGUGUGAUGAAAUUUAGAAAGGAUAUAGUCCGUAUCCUCCCCAGUUUAGAUGUUGAAGUCAAAGACAUUACAGACAGUUAUGAUUCCAACUGGUUUCUUCAGCUGUUAUCUACACAAGAUCUUUUUGAAAUGACCAGUAAAGAGUUCCCCAUAGUGGCUGAAGUCAUAGAAGCGCCCCAAGGAAACCAGCUACCCAGAAACGUUUUACAACCUGGGAAAACCAUUGUGAUCCACAAAAAGUGCCAGGCAUCAAGGAUCUUAGCUUCGGAAAUUAGAAGCAAUUUUCCUAAAAGACACUUCUUGAUCCCCCCUAGCUAUAAAGGCAAAUUCAAGCGACGACCUCGGGAGUUCCCAACCCCGUAUGACCUUGAGAUAGCAAAGAGUGAAAAGGAGCCUCUCCACGUGGUGGCCACCAAAGCCUUUCAUUCCCCCCAUGACGAGCUGUCAUCUGUAUCUGCCGGGGACCAGUUUCUAGUGCAACACUCACAGACGACGGAAGUCCUCUGUGAAGGGAUCAAAAAAGUGGUGAACGUUCUGGCUUGUGAAAAAAUCCUCAAAAAAUCCUAUGAGGCAGCACUGCUCCCUUUGUACAUGGAAGGAGGUUUUGUAGAGGUGAUUCAUGACAAGAAGCAGUACCAGAUUUCUGAGCUCUGUGCACAGUUCCACUUGCCCUUCAAUGUGAAGGUUUCUGUGAGAGAUCUUUUCACUGAAGAAGACAUUUUGGCUGCUACACCAGGACUACGGCUGGAGGAAGCUAUCACAGACUCUUAUCUACUCAUAAGUGACUUUGCCAACCCCAAGGAGUGCUGGGAUUGCUGGGAAAUGCCUGCUGGCCGCGUGAAUAUGACUGUUCAGUUAGUUAAUAAUUUGUCUGGGGAUCCAGGAUCAUUUCUAGUCAAGACUCUGGUUGAAGAGAUCCCUGAAGAACAGUAUUAUAUGAUGCGGAGAUAUGAAAACUCUUUCUCGUACCCCCCACCUCGCCCUCCCAAACAUCCCUCCGUGGAGGAAACAAAGUUAAGCCUGCUCAACUUAGCAGAAGAAAAGACAGUGGGUCUGCCCAAGUCUCCCAAGAGUCUCCAUGUAGACAGAUCCAAGAAACUGCACUCAAAUCAAGCUGGCCUGGAUUCCAAAGUACCAGUUGGUUGUCAAAAUGAUUUGGCUGAUCUGGAGAAAGAGAAGAGAAAGACUGGGAAAACUGCAGUAGCAGGCACCAAUGCAACUACAG